AUGGAAAUGCGUUCAAGAAACCUCUUUCUUUAUUCUCUUUUCUUGCUUCUCUUCAACCCCACUGUCUCUCAGAACUUCACCUUCGAUUUCCCAUCUUUCAAUCCCACAAACCUCACUCUUCUCGGAGACUCACACGUCAAAGACGGCGUUCUAAGCCUCACCAGAAGGUCACGAGCCCCAUCUUCAAGCUCCGGCUCCGCCUUGUACAAAAACCCAAUCCGUUUCUUUGACAAACACGCCGCUUCUUUCUCCACAAGAUUCACCUUUCGGAUUGAGAGCGUGAAUGCGUGGUCAUCUGGGGGCGGAUUCUCCUUCUUCCUCUCCCCUGAAAAUCACACUUUGGGGAGCCCCGGAGGGUUCUUGGGGCUCAUGGACUCGACCCAGAUCACCAAGAACAGAUUUGUGGCGGUUGAGUUUGAUACGGAGCAAGAUUUGCAAUUUGAUGAUCCUGAUGAGAAUCACGUGGGGUUGGAUAUAGACACAAUUGUGUCUGUCAAGACCGGAAGUGCAAUGCCGGGUGGGAUUAAUCUCAAGAGUGGAUUUUCAACCACUGCUUGGAUUGAUUACUAUAGCCCGGAGAAAAUUGAGGUUUUCUUGAGUUACUCCACUCUCAAGCCUCAAACCCCUGUAAUGGAGGUGGAAAUAGACCUCUCUGGUUACCUCAAUGAUUCCAUGUUUCUUGGCUUUUCGGCCUCGGCUGAGAGGAGCACCGAGCAGCAUUUCAUCCACAAUUGGAGUUUCCAAAUUUCUGGAAUCACUGCUCCGGCACCAACAAUUCAUUCCCACAAUCUGGACUCUGAUUCCCCUGUUCCAGGGAGACAGCAAUUCCAGGUUUUUUUAAUAUUGGUUCUUGGAAUUUGUGGCGCAGCGUUCGUGUGCGCUGUUCUGCUGGUGUUUUGGUGGAGUUCGAUGAAGAAAACGAAGCAAGAGGUCGCGAAUACCGUGGAUGAUGCAGCAGAGGCUGUGGCAGAGUCCUGCAGACAAUUCAGUUACAAGGAGCUAAGAUCAGCCACUAGAGGGUUCAGCUCCAAGAACAUAAUUGGCCAGGGAGCUUUGGGCACUGUCUACAAGGCCUGUUUUAGGGGUUCAGAUAACAUAGCAGCAGUGAAAAGAUUGAAACACUCCCGGGCCGAAUUUGUAGCUGAAUUGUCCACUAUAGCUAGGUUGAGCCACAGAAAUCUCCUCAGGCUCCAAGGAUGGUGUGCUGAGAAAGGGGAAUUCCUUGUUGUGUAUGACUAUAUGCCCAAUGGGAGUCUCGACAAGGCUCUAUACCGAGAAACCGGGGAGGAAACGUCUCUGAAAUGGCCUCACAGGUACAACAUUGCAGUGGGGUUAGCCUCAGUCCUCACAUACUUACACCAAGAGCAAGAAUCCAAUCAACAGGUGAUUCACAGUGACUUGAAGCCCAGCAAUGUGAUGCUGGACUCGAGCUAUACCCCGAGGCUCGGGGAUUUUGGGCUGUCGUGGCUGAUGGAUCACGACAAGAACCCCACGGGAACAAUGGGGUACGUGGCUCCCGAGUAUGUUCUGUACGGGCAAGCAACUGAGGAGAGCGAUGUUUACAGCUACGGGGUCGUGGCCCUAGAAGUGGCUUGUGGGAGGAGGCCUGGUAAGGGCAAGAAAAUGGAGGGUUUGGUGGAUUGGGUGUGGAGGCUUCACUAUGAAGGGAGGAUAAUUGAAGCAGCAGAUAGGAGAUUGAAUGGGGAAUUCAGUGAAGAUGAGAUGAGGAAAGUUUUGCUUGUGGGACUUAGCUGUGCUAACCCUGACAGCACUGAAAGGCCUUCCAUGAAAAGAGUGUUGCAGACACUAAUGAAUGAGGUUGAGACUAUGGUGGUUCCCAGGAUAAAGCCUACUCUCACUUUCUCUAACACUCUGCUUCUUAGGACUAAUGAGAUCUUGUCAGAUGAUGAAAAGAGUGGAUUCCUGGAAAUCAAUUUGAGGUCAGAUUCGAUUGAAGAGGAAAGAGAUGUAGCUGUUUAA